AUGGCACACCCUAACACUAUGAAAGGGCUUCCGUCGGACCUACCUCCUUUCACGAGGAAGCAGUCGCCAAAGUCCUUUUUAUACACUCGUGUAUUGAAAAAUUUCCUAGGAGAGCAGGCUGCUUAUAUUUACGCACUUCUUUCGACAAAUGAGCGUUUGUCCUUCUCCAGAAUACAGCAAGUGUCGUGCAUGAGACCGUCGCAUCUCCGCAAGAUUCUUGUUUCGCUUAUCCAGAUGAACUGUUGCACGUUUUACCCAAAGAGUGGACCACCAUCAGUGCAACUUAGACCAAGGCAGCACAAACCUCGAGAGUACUACUAUUAUCCAAAGGAAGAGGGCUGCUUGAAGUUGGCAUACGCGGAUGACAUCAUAAGGACGAUCAGGGGAGAGUACUCGGACGAGUUGCCGGCAACAAUUAUCCAGAAUGUGCUUUCAGUUGGAAGUUUGACGAUCCGGGACUUCUUGAAGCCAAUAGCAUCAGAUAAGGACCAAUGCUACAAGGUUCAGAAGGCUUUUAAGCUUUUGGUGGAUGACGGGUGGCUAGAGCCGGUGGGAAAGACGACGUUUUUGAACAUGUUCGAUCUUUUCAGUGCCACAUUCAAGAAAACAACCUCGUCUUUCAACAGAGAGCACCCGCUUUCCAAAACCAUCUCGCAGACUAAGAGAAUGCACAUGAUCAAGGAGAUGACGUACGAAAAGUUUAUCCGGCUGAUGGAGGGAGAGGAGUUGCACAGCCUGCUGCGUCACUCGGACAACCCGGGACUCAUGCGGGAGCUCGUUGGUGCAAAUUAUGCAACUGAUGCCAAAGAUAAGGAUGAAGAUAGCACAGAGUUGGAUUUGGCCGGCUUGAUCAACAGAGACCUGCCGCUGACAUUUUGCUUUGAACGGUACCUCAAGAGACUGCGGUCUGCACACUUUGCGAGUGCCGCAAAGCACCGUGUCGGGAAUAUUUCGGCCAAGAUAUACGCACUAGUGCUAAAUCACGUUGAGGAGAGAUCGCGAGACGUGAGGAGCAAAGGCAUCAUUUUGCAGCGUUUGUUGGCGAAUGUGGGGCAAACAACGGUUGGGUUGAACCCGCACAAAAAGAUGGAGAUGGCAAACAAGCUCAGUUUGCAGGAUCAAUCGCAAUCUUUGAGUGUUACAGUGCCUGAGAUAUACAAGGACCUCCAACUGCGGGGUUCGAAGUUCGGGAUCACCGAGGACGACCUUUACGGCACGAUCUACGACCCGGCGAACCCGGAUGCCGGUGCAAAGCCCGAAAAAAAGCGGCCUCUUGAGCCAACUGGCUCUGAUGAUGAUGGUGCAAACAAAAAAAUCAGGUUGGAGGAUUUCACGAAUCCAAACCCGGGUGACGGUGCAGGGAUGGACCUUGGUACAAGCUUGUUGGAGAUGGCAGAGAGUGAGGACGACCCGUUUGGCAUGGGAAUGCAGAGUUCAGCAUCAGCAUCGUCCGGAGAUCCCCGGAUCAUGACACUUCUUUUGCAGCACUUGAAGCUUCUCUGCUCGGAUGCACACGAGCCGUUCUUGAGAGAGGCCAGCCCAGGCAGUUUUUACGUGCCGUUUACAGAGCUCACGCCGCUUGUUGUCAAAUACACCUUCAAGCAGUAUCUGAAGCAGAUACUGGGCUCUUCAUGUCUCCGUAUCUUCAACUUUGUGGAGCAGGAGCACUUGACGGACGUGAAGGAGCUGGCAAAGCGUGUUUUGAUGCGUGAGAGCGAUAUCCGGAAUGUUCUAGACAGGAUGCAGGAGUUCAAUCUGAUCGAAUUUCAGGAAAUUCCAAAAACCCAGGACCGGUCGGCAAUUCGGGCCGCUUUUGCCUUGAGAUCCAACUACAGAAAUGCACUAAGUGCCAUGAAGAGUUGCCUGAUUCAUAAUAUGGGCGAGGUGCUUGAGAGUCUUGAGGAUAUCCGCUUUGACAACAAGAUUCUCUUGGAUAAGGUGAGCCGGAAUGACGUUAAGGGAAGAGAGCAGGAGCUUUUGUUGGCAGGCGAGUUGAAGCAGUUGCAGAAGUAUUAUGAGUUUGAGAGGCAGACGCUGGCGAAGUUUUUCAGGUUGCGGUCUGCAGUUGAUGUGUUUGAGUUCAUGGAUGGGAUUUGA